UACUGGAUGGUGUGGGAGCUCUACGGCGGCCGCCAGUUCGUCGGCUUCCGCUGCGGCACCGCCUUUGGCGUCUCCCGCAAGGCCGCAAGCGCCACCGACGCCCUGGCCCAGAACCCCUUCCGCUCGCCCUCGCGCGAGGCCGUCUCCCACUCCGCCACCCUGGAGCGCGCCUCGGGAUAAAAGGGGGAAAGCGGGGCCGCCGUGCUCGGGCUUCCGGCCCUGCUGCCUCUCUCCGUCCGCCCCUGUUCAACGGGGUUCCUGCCCCCCCUAGAUGGGAUUGGGAGUAGUCACUGACGGCGGGUCUCGGCCUGGGUUAUGUUUUUGCUUUGCCAUCGUAUUUUACGAAUGAACAAUGCUGGCUCGCUCGGAAGAGACGAGCAGCCCCUACGCGCCCACCGUCCCAGCCUGAAUAUGGUGAAUUGCAAAGUGCUGCCAGAGUAAAUAAAUCCGCCCGUGUAUUAAUGUCCCGCGAUUCCCC